AUGAGGGCCCUGCUGCUGCUCGCGGCGCUGGCGGCCGCCGCCGCCGCCACCGGCGUGGAGACCUUCGUCGGGCACCAGGUGCUGCGCGUGGUGCCCGGCAGCGCGGCCGAGCUGCGGAGCCUGCGGGAGCUGCAGGAGCUCGAGCACCUGCAGCUGGACUUCUGGCUGCUGCCGCGCGGCCCCGGGGCGCCCGUGGACGUGCGGGUGCCCUUCGCCAGCCUGCAGCCCGUCAAGGCCCACCUGGAAGCCCGCGGCGUGCCCUACUCCAUCAUGAUCGAGGAUGUGCAGGCGCUGGUGGACAGGGAGCAGAUGCAGGCGACGCGCCGGCGGCUCCUGCCCACAUCCACCACCACCUUCAACUACGCUGCCUACCACACCCUGGACGAGAUCUACGCCUUCAUGGACCUGCUGGUGGCUGAGAACCCCAGCCUGGUCAGCAAGUUGGAGAUCGGCCGCUCCACCGAGGGCCGCCCCAUCUACGUGCUCAAGUUCAGCAAGGGCGGCACGAAGCGCCCGGCCAUCUGGAUCGACACCGGCAUCCACUCCCGUGAGUGGGUGACCCAGGCCAGCGGCGUCUGGUUCGCCAAGACGAUCGCUGCGGAGCACGAGAGCGAUGAAGUCUUGGCCUCCGUCCUCGACAAGAUGGACAUCUUCCUGGAGAUUGUCACUAACCCCGAUGGCUUCGUCUUCACCCACACCAAGAACCGCAUGUGGAGGAAGACCCGGUCCUCGCACUCGGGUGCCCUCUGUGUCGGGGUCGACCCCAACCGCAACUGGGACGCGGGCUUUGGAGGCUCGGGCUCCAGCGGGAACCCCUGCUCGGAGACGUACCGCGGGCCCUACGCGAACUCGGAGCCCGAGGUGAAGGCCAUCGUGGACUUCGUGAAGGAGCACGGGAACAUCAAGGCCUUCGUCUCCAUCCACAGCUACUCGCAGCUCCUGCUCUACCCCUACGGCUACACGACCACCCCUGUGCCCGACCGGGAGGAGCUGCACCAGGUUGCUGAGAAGGCCGUCGCGGCUCUGUCUUCCGCCUAUGGGACUAAGUUCAAGUACGGCAGCAUCAUCACGACCAUCUACCAGGCGAGCGGAGGAACCAUCGACUGGACCUACAACCAGGGCAUCAAGUACUCCUUCACCUUCGAGCUGCGCGACACAGGCCGCUACGGCUUCCUGCUGCCCGCCAGCCAGAUCCUGCCCACGGCCCAGGAGACCUGGCUGGCGCUGCGGGUCAUCAUGCAGCACGCGCACGACCACCCCUACUGA